AUGCCAGCCAUCACUGUUAAGCCACUAACACCGCCAGCCGGGUCUGCAAUCGACUUCGGUGCCGUCAUUACAGAUGUUGACCUGGAGCAUUUGACUGUCGUGCUCAAAAAUCAACACCAACUCACCCCUAAAGCGCAAUAUGAACUCACCCGCCGAUUCGACCCAUCCGCUACACAGUACGGCCACGGCAAGACCCUUGACGCAAAGCGUAGCAUCCUUCACCCAGACUUAAAGACUAUCCCGCACCAGCCACAAGUGCAAGUCAUCGGGCACGGAUUCAUUGACUCGUACGAGGGGUUGGAGAAUAUCACUCUGAAACACCCGCACCACCGCACAUUCCACCGCGACCCGAUCCCGCAGGAGGAUGAUUACGAUUCCACGCGGUUUUAUAGGUGGCAUAUUGAUGCCGCUCUGUAUGGGCUCAACCCGCCAAUUGUGACAACGUUACUUGCCGUCAAGGUGCCGGGGGGUCGAAGACAGACCGUGCGAUAUGAUGAUGGCUCCGGUGAGACGAUGGAUGUGCCGCUGGGCACAACGGCAUUUGCCUCGGGAGAGCGGAUGUUCGAGCUCCUCUCAGAGGAGGAUAAGGAGUUUGCGCUGAGUAGCCGGGUCGAAUAUGCACCUCAUCCAUACAUUUGGAUGUCCCCAGCCCGCUCGCUCCCGACUGGCCUCGGCCUGCACAGUGACGAUCUCGAACUCCCGCUCUCGGAGCUCCCGCCCAUCGACGAAUCCGCCAUCCAGAUCCUUCCCAUGGUGUGGAAGAACCCCGCCACGGGGAAACCAGCGCUGCAGAUCCACCCAUCCGCUGUGCGCAAGAUCCACUGCGGUGAUGGGACUGUCAUAGACGAUCUAAAGAAAGUCAGGGAGAUCGCGUAUAAACUGCAACGGCCCGCUAUUAGUCCGCAGUAUGUGUACGCGCAUGACUGGGAAGAGGGGGAUCUGGUCCUGUUUCAUAAUCGUGGGGUGCUGCAUUCGGUGGUCGGUGCCUUUGGAGAAGGCGAGGUCAGGUUGUUUAGGCAGUGUAACCUGGCGGCAGGGGAGGGAGUUGUGCCGUAUAGAGAGUAG